AUGGAUGCAGGGCAGAGGAUGGCCUCAGCCCUCCCGCUGCUGCUGCUCUGGCUGUUUGCCCCCACGGUGGUCCCGGAGGUGUUUGGCCCUGGAGACGGCACAGAGGACCUCAAGGCUCUGCAGGUCUCCAUCCCACGCCACCCAGCCCUGGACGCCGUGCUGGCGGGCGACAUCACCAUCCCCUGCCUCAUCACCUACCUCGGCCCCCAGCCCACCGCCGGCACGGCCGGGCGCCGGGCGGUCCUGGGAACCCCCCGGGUCAAGUGGACCUUCAUCUCUGAGGGCAGGGAGGUGGAGAUCUUGGUAGCCCGGGGGGACAGGGUGAAGGUGAGCGAGGACUAUCGCCUCCGCGCCUCCCUGCCCAUCUUCCACCAGCGCUACACCAACGCCUCCCUGCUGCUCACCGAGCUGCGGCCCAACGACUCGGGGAUCUACCGCUGCGACGUGCAGCACGGCAUUGAGGACGGCCACGACAUCCUCGACGUCAAAGUCAAAGGGGUGGUGUUUCACUACCGGGAGGGCUCCAUGCGCUACGCCUACACCUUCGCCGAGGCACAAGAAGCUUGCGCCAGGAUCGGCGCCCGCAUCGCCACCCCGGAGCAGCUGUACGCUGCCUACCUCGGCGGCUACGAGCAGUGCGAUGCCGGCUGGAUCGCAGACCAGACCGUCAGGUACCCCAUCCACACGCCCCGCGAGGCCUGUUACGGAGACAUGAACGGCUUCCCCGGGGUGAGGAACUACGGGGUGCUGGACCCGGAGGACAUGUAUGACGUGUACUGCUACGCUGAGGACCUCCCAGGGGAGAUCUUUUUGGAGACGGCCCCAGACAAAUUCACGUUGGAGGAGGCGGCGGCACGCUGUCAGGCGCUGGGCGCGGAGCUGGCGAGCACGGGGCAGCUCUACGCGGCUUGGAGCACGGGGCUGGACGCCUGCAGCCCCGGCUGGCUGGCCGACGGCAGUGUCCGCUACCCCAUCGUCACCCCUCGGGAACGCUGCGGCGGGGCUCUGCCGGGCGUCAAAACCAUCUUCCUCUUCCGCAACCAGACGGGAUUCCCCGAUGCCCAGAGCAGAUACGAUGCGUACUGCUUUCGAGGUAAAGAGGAGCACCCCGCCGGCCCGCGGGAAUCAAGGCCUGCAGCCAGCGGUGCUCCCGAGGGCCUCCAGGAGAUUGUUACAGUGGCAGAAAAGCUGGAGGAGCUGCAGCUGCCCAAAGCGCAAGUGGAGAUUGAGUCGCGAGGGGCUAUAUACGCCGUCCCUUUCUUUAAGGACGCUGAGCUGGAAAAGCCGAGCCCGUCCCCCGAAGACGCACCGGGGCCAGGGGCCCGGCACCCCCCGCUAGAUACCUCCGUGUCCUCAGGUCACCCGACCUCUGCCUCCCCUUUUCCCACGGCCCCGGCCGUCCCCGAGGCAGGCGUCCCGCUUAGCUGUGGUGCAAAACCGGGGAGCCCGUCCCCCGUGGAGAAGGAUGGGGUGACAGGGACAGUUGGGCAGUGCACAGCGGCCGGGCGCGAGCCGUCCCGCGUGGAGGAGGAACAGGGAGCAGCACCGGGCAGGGACCCUGGCAGCCCAUCGGCGGAGAGCCCGGGCGGAGGGCGAGACCCCAGCCAGCCCAUGGAGCCGGAUGGAGCCACCGGCACGCAGACACUCUCCGUGGCCCCAUGGGUGGGCGCAGAGGGACCCACCGGUGCCCCGUCCCUGGUGGGGGCCGCAGCAGGUGACACGGAGCCUCCCGAGGGGUUUCCCCGGCUGCUCAGCCCCGUUGCCCUCACACAUCGCCCUGACCGUCCACGGGAUGCUGUGGGGCGGCCAGCCCACACUGCCAGCCCCGGGGCACCUGGGCACCAGGUGACAUCGCCAACCAGUGCCACUUCUGCCACCUCGACAGAUAGCCAAGAGCAUGGGGGGACCCCGCCACGUGGCCAUGAGCCUGGCGGGACGAGCACCCCCGUCCCAGCCGCUGAAGACACCGAGCUCUCAGGAGAUGUGGUCGAAAGCCCCGGGGUGUCCCCGCUGCCCCCCGCUCCCUCGCAGCCGCAGGAGGAGGGAGAGGAGCAGUCGGGGGCCCUGUGGCUCCCCUCACCCGCGGCCCCAGGGGAUGGGAGCACCAGCCCCGCGGUGGAGGCAACGGCAGUCACGCCGUGGCACACAGAGGUGCUUGGCAGCAGCAGCACGCCGGCCACGGGAGGUGAGGAGGCUGUGCCGCGACCCCCGGCCACUGAUGGCGGGAUGCCUGCUGCAUCUUCGGAAGAAGAGGAAGAGGAGGAGGAGGAAGAGCAACCCGCUCCCUCCGUUGCAACCGUGGAGGGUUUCCUUGCAGCCGUUCCCGGAGAACCAGGUGGGACCCGCAGGGAUGGCCUCACCUCUCCCCAUACCGGCAGCGCCGGGGUGACCCUGGCGGGGACCCCACUGGGUGACCCGGCCCCCAGCACGGCUGCCCCCCUGCCCGCCCUCCCCACCGAGCGGGCCAGCGUCGGCGCGGGCAUCUGCCUUGCAGGUGGCUGCGUCCCCAACCCCUGCCUGAACGGAGGGACCUGCACGGAGGACGGCGCCCGCCUCGCCUGCCUGUGCCUGCCUGGCUACGGAGGCAGCAACUGCGAAAGACUGCUGGAGAAGUGCAGCCCCGGCUGGGAUGGCUUCCAGGGAGCCUGCUACAAGCACUUCUCCACCCGGAGGAGCUGGGAGGAUGCGGAGAGCCAGUGCAGGCAUUACGGGGGGCACCUGGCCACCAUCCUGACCCCCGAGGAGCAGGACUUCAUCAACGACCAGUACAGGGAGUACCAGUGGAUCGGCUUGAACGACCGGACCAUCGAGGGGGAUUUCCAGUGGUCUGAUGGGAGCCCCUUGCUCUACGAGAACUGGCACCCCGGGCAGCCCGACAGCUACUUUCUCUCUGGGGAGAACUGCGUGGUCAUCGUGUGGCACGACGGGGGCCAGUGGAGCGACGUGCCCUGCAACUACCACCUCUCCUACAACCUCCUGCAGUGCGGGCCGCCCCCCGCCGUCACCAACGCCCGCACUUUUGGCAAACCAAAGCAGCGCUACGAGAUCGGCUCCAUCACGCGGUACCAGUGCCGCCGUGGCUUCGUCCAGCGCCGCUCGCCCAUCAUCCGGUGCCGGGAGGAUGGGACCUGGGAGCCGCCUCAGCUGGCCUGCCGCCCCAGCCUGGCUCAGCUCCCCGAUGACUGA